AUGGUCUUCAUCAAGUCGUGGACAGAAUAUCAGGCGAAAGCUGAGCAGUUGUAUGAGGAACAGCCAAUACGGACACGGUAUUGCAUCAAGUAUCGUGCUGCAGAUGGCGUAUUGAUUCUCAAAGUGACCGACGAUAAUACGUGUCUCAAGUACAAGACCCGAUCUUCCAUCAUGCUAAACCGAUUCGAGGCGUUUAAUCUGUCGAUCAUGUCGAAAAUGCAGAACCGACAGGCCCAGACCGCACCGUCGGCGUCUGGAGGUGCUGCUGGGACUAGUUCCGGACAGGAUGUGCCUAUGUCGGAUGCAACAGCGCAAGCAACGGGUGGUGGCGUUGCAGCUCAAGGAGGAGCUCAAGGGGCCGGAGGUAACAAGAAGAAGAAGCCGAAGAAGAAAAAGUAG